CAUAUAAAAAAAAAAUUAUUUUGUUUUGAACAGUUUUAAAAAUAGUUCACUUAAUAGUUCAAUUGUUGUUCAUUUUUAACAAGUUUUUAAAAUAGCUUUUGGAAAAUGGUUGAUAUUUCAUUUUUUGAAUCUGAAGUUUUUGCUGUGUGUGUACAAGGAUGUGCACUGGUAUUAACAAUUGGCUAUUUUUUAACUGGCAGCAUAACUUGCAUGAAGAUUCAUCACCAGAAGUCUGUAAAAAAUGUGAAUUUUUUGCCGUAUUUAACAGCUUUUCUAAACACAUUUCUUUGGUUUGUGUAUGGAUCUUUAAAAAAAGACAGUUUGUUAAUUUUUGUAAAUAGUGUGGGGUGCAUACUUCAAGCUGGAUACAUUUUUGUUUUUAUUCAAAACUGUGAUAAAAAGCAACAUUAUAUAAAGCGAGUGUUCACAUUGGGGUUUACAUGUUUUUGUGUUUUGGUUGUUGCUGAGUUUGGUCAUAUUUUUUUUGACACACUACUUGUUCUAGCAUGGAUUGCAUGUGUUGUUUCUGUAUUAAUGUUUGGAUCUCCAUUAUCAACUGUAAGAGAGGUCAUACGAACAAAGAAUGCUGAAACAAUUUCAUUUCCACUAUCAAUAAUGACAUGUCUGACAACUAUUAGUUGGUUUAUAUACGGCAGUUUGAAACAUGAUAAUUUUGUUCGGUUUCCAAAUGCACUUGGAUUUAUCCUGGGUUUAUCACAGAUCUAUUUUAUAAACAAGUUUAAAAAUCAAAAACUAUUGGGGACAAACUUAAACGUUUAGUGUAGAAAUGAUUAAAUAUAACAAAGUAAAAUGGUAUUGCAUUCUAUUUUGUAUAAUAUUUUUUAAUCUACGUAUUAACAUUCAUAAAUGGUAAUGUGUUGGCUUUAUAUUGGUAAUAUAAACAGCUAUUUUGUACUUUAAGUAAAUUAAAAACAUGGCUGAUGGAACAAUAUUAGGAAUGUGAAUUCUUUUAUUGGUGUUGAUUAGUUUUUAAGAAUUUUUGAUUUGCUAUGAAAUAAAUGUAUGUAAUGAAAACUA